UGUAUGUAUGUGUGUGACGGUAUAUAUAGCCAAUGAUGCUGUAAAAUAACUCACAAGAAUAAAAAUAAAAAGAAAAAAAUACAUUUCAGAAUCCCAAUUAUAUAAAGAAACAAGAAAGAUGGAAAUGAUCACUAAGUUGCUUGUGGUGGUUUUCGUAGGAGUUGUGUGUGCCAAUGCCGCAAGGCAUCUCCCUGAAUAUACCAAAUUCAUGGACAAACAUUUAUUAGAAGUUGAGCCUAAUUGUGCCGCUGGUGGGGGUGGAGGUGGUGGCGGAGGAGCUACCGUUGAAGGUGGUACGGACAACGGAACCAACGAUAGAGCGAACGGCAACGGAGAUGCGAAUGGAAACGGGAAUGGGAAUGGACGUGCCGACUGUCUCGGAGGCGUAGAAGUUGGAGGUGGCGGUGGUGGUGGAGGCGGAGGUGGAGCCGGUGGCGGUUCUGGCGGUAGUACUGGUAGUUAUUUUAACGGAAGUGGUAGCGGUAUGGGUUAUGGAAGCGGUAAUGGUAGUGUCAGUAGCACUGGCGAGUAUUCGGCAAGCGGAGGUGGUGGCGGCAGUGGUCAAGGUAGUGGCGGUGGUGGUGGCGGUGAUGGUAGUAGUGGUAGCAGCAGCGGAAGCGGAAGUGGUAGUGGCAGCGGAAGUGGAACCGCUAUGGGCCCUGGUGUGUACAUAAGUGUAAGUGGUGGAGGCGGCGGUGGCGGUGGUGGAGGUGGAGGUGGAGGCGGUGGUGGUAUUGGUGCUAGCGGAAGCGGCAGCGGUAGUGGCAGCGGUAGCGGAAGCGGCACUGGCCAUUCUUAACGUUUACAUGGUAUCUAGUCUUAUGUGUGUGCGUGUCCUUAACGUCAGCUUCGAUUUAUAACAUUCUUAUCAUUGGGUGAUCAUCUCUUUAAUAUCAUGCUCGUGUUGUGUAAUGUUUCGUUUUUACAGUUAUAUUCUGGCAUAGUUAAAUAACUUUUGAAAUAUAUAAAAAUGCAAAAGAAAGAAAUAAAUAAAUUUCUGGAUGCCAAACAGUUGCGGCAUUGCAUUUUUUAAACGUUAAAAUAUGCAGAAGAAAAAAAUAGUACACUGUUUAACCGUUGUGUUUUCGCAAAGCUUGUUUGGGCUAUUUACAAAUGUUUUCUCUCACUAGAGUACACAAUGGUAUAUCUGAAUUCAGAUCUAACAAAAUUGAAAUAAUUUUUUCCAAAGUGAAGUAGAACAUCAUGUUUAGAAAGGGAUAGAGAAAAAUAAUAAUAUCGUAAAUCUGAGGUUUAACUAUAUGAAGUAUAUAUAUCUUACAACAAUAUACUUUUUUUUUUUUUUUUUUGGGCAAAUCUU